AUGCAGCUGCCACCCUUCGACAUGUGGAAGGACUAUUUCAACCUGAGCCAAGUGGUGUUGGCACUGAUCCAGAGUCGGGGGCAAAGGCCAGAGGCCCAAGGGACUGGGGAGUCAAGACCGGAGCCCCCGCUGGGGCAGGAUCAGGGGCUGGGAGGGCCGGGGGCCGGCAGGGGCCUGGCCACCUUGUGCAACUUCUGCAAGCACAACGGGGAGUCACGCCACGUCUACUCCUCACACCAGCUGAAGACCCCGGAGGGCGUGGUGGUGUGUCCCAUCCUCCGGCACUACGUGUGUCCGCUGUGCGGGGCCACCGGCGGCCAGGCCCACACGCUCAAGUACUGCCCGCUCAACGGUGGCCAGCAGUCGCUCUACCGUCGCACUGGGCGCAAUUCGGCCGGCCGCAAGGUCAAGCGCUGA